CACUUAAAAAAUUGUAUUUGAAUGAAGCCAAUUAUUAAAAGAUAUUUCAAACACACUUCCGAACAACCUCUAAUUUGGACCAUGAAAAACACUAGUCCAAGCCCAAUUAGCGUGUCUGAGCAUCAGAGAUCGUGCCUGCCUCCUUGCACGACGGGGUUGCUCACCUCUCCUCCCAAUUCUUCUGCCUCAUGAGAUUCAAGCACAUCUCCUCCACACUCUCUAUCUUCACAAAAUCAAACCCUUCUUCUUCUUCCUCUUCUUCCCACGUUAAACCCCAUUUCAUGGCCACAGAAGCUCUCCCCGCUUCUUCCUCCAUAGACCUUCCUCGCGAUGGAGACGACCUUCUUUGCGCAGACAACUCCGAAUCCAUGGCCGACAUCUCGGAGAACUUGAAGUCUCCGUCCCUUGGAUUGGGCACUCCGAAUGGAUACUUGAGUGGAGAGGCCAAGAUUGAGAGGGCUUGGGCUCAUUGGAACAAGCUGGGGCAGCCUAAAUAUAUAGUCGCCCCCAUGGUCGACAACUCCGAGCUUCCUUUUCGUAUGCUCUGUAGAAAGUAUGGCGCCCAAGCUGCUUAUACGCCUAUGCUUCACUCUCGUAUUUUCACCGAAAACGAGAAAUACCGCUCUCUAGAAUUCACCACUUGCAAGGAAGACCGGCCAUUGUUUGUUCAGUUUUGUGCAAAUGACCCUGACAUUUUGCUGGAAGCUGCUCGAAGAGUUGAACCGUAUUGUGAUUAUGUAGACAUCAACUUUGGGUGUCCUCAGCGCAUUGCAAAGAGGGGGAAUUAUGGAGCUUUCCUAAUGGAUAAUCUCUCGCUCAUCAGAUCCCUGGUUGAAAAGUUGUCGAAUAAUCUAACUGUUCCCGUUUCAUGCAAGAUCCGCAUCUUCCCAAAUCUGCAAGACACAAUCAACUAUGCCAAGAUGUUGGAAGAGGCUGGCUGUGCUCUCUUAGCAGUGCAUGGGCGAACAAGGGACGAAAAGGACGGGAAGAAAUUCCGAGCAAAGUGGGACAUUGUCAAGGCGGUUAAGGACUCAGUGAGCAUUCCUGUGCUCGCCAAUGGAAAUAUUCGGCACAUGGAUGAUGUGCAGAGUUGCCUGGAAGAGACCGGCGCGCAAGGUGUGCUCUCAGCAGAGUCUCUUCUUGAGAACCCUGCCCUAUUUGCUGGGUAUAGGACUGACAGAGGUGAGGGAGGAGUUGAAGAAGAUGGCAAUGUAGACCAGGCUGAGCUAGUGGUGGAGUAUUUGAAGCUUUGUGAGAAGUACCCGGUGCCAUGGAGAAUGAUCCGUUCCCAUGUGCACAAGAUCUUGGGAGAAUGGUUCAGGCUCCAGCCAGACAUUAGAGAGGAUCUCAAUAAACAAUCCACACUCUCGUUUUCGUUUCUUCACAGCCUGGUGAAUCAACUAAGGGAACGUGGCGUGAGGGUGCCUUUAUAUGUCAAGGACCCCUGCAACGGACCAUAAUGGAACGGUUGCGUGAUUCUGUGUUUUCCCCCCUUCUCAACAAUUACAGGAACAUACACUUACUAAUUGUGUUGCAGAGGAAGGAAAGGUUUUAGCACUCUCUCCUAUCAAACUUGGUUGUGCCAUUGUUGCUGUAGUUGCAAGAGGUAAAUAGGAAUAGAUUGAACUUGUUGGGAGUAUUUAUUUCAAAGAACUAAGAAGUUGAUUAACCAAGAAGUUGAUCACUCCUCUCUUGAAAAUCAUAUAUCUUUUGUAGGGACGAGAACAGUUUUGACAUUUCAUAGUGUUUUGUAGCAUUAUAUGUUGACAUUAUUGUUGUUAUAGGUCUUAUUUUGAACAUAAAAAUAUGAAAGUUCU